AUGACUUUUAAAACUACAAAAUAUUACACCCCAAGAGAAUGCAAGAAAGCCAUUGGCUGUGAUAAUGCACUCAUUGAGGACCACGAAUUCCUUACUGGAAAAGAGCAUUUUCAUGUUGUGAAUGGUGCAAGUCUUUUGCCAGAAUUUCUUCCCUUCAUGUUCAUUGGAGAGUUGACACUGGAGAAGGGCCCUAUGAGUGCACUGAAGGUCGGCAGGCUUUUACCAGAAUUUCUUGUGUUCGAGUACAUCAGAGAGUUCACACUGGAGAAGGGCCUUAUAAUUGCGGUGAACAAGGGAAAUAUUUCACUAGUAGCCCUGCAGUCCAUGAACAGAGUUCACACUGGAAAAAGGCCUUAUAAGCGCGAUGAACGUGGGAAAUGUUUUGCAUUCAGCUCUACCCUCCGUGUUCAUCUCAGAAUUCACACAGGAGAAAAGGCCUUUUAG